AUGAGAUGGAAAAGAGAAGCAGCUGGAGAGGAGAAGUUGGUCUCUUUGCAGCUCCAAAGCUCUUAAAGCCCCGAAGCUGUGUGGAGUGUAAAUGGGAGGGAGAGAGAGGAAGAGAAGGACAGAUCGAGAGGUAAAGGGAGGCUGAAUAGAGGAGGAGAGAAGCUGGGAGGGAGAGAGAGUGAAAGGAGAGGAGAGGAGGAGGGUUUGCGUUGGUGUGUUGGUUGGCAGAGAGAGUGCUUGUCAAAAAAACCUUCCUCUGACAGAAGGCAUGAUUCACAGCAGAGAGGGGAAGAGAGAGGGAGACAAGCAACAGAAAAAGAGAAAAACAGCAGAGAUAAAGAGAGAGAGAGAGAGAGAGAGAGACAGAAAGAGAGGGAGAGAAACGACAGAGGCAGGGAUGCCGGUAAGAAAAACAAAUGAGGAUGCUGAUUUGAGGCAGAAUGACAAGACAUUACCAGGAUGGGACUGAGAUCGACGGACUGGAUUGACUGAUGCCUUUUAAUGACUGUGACCAUGCUGAUAAGACAGACGACAGCUAAGCAACAAACACAGCCAGAAUGUGAGGAGAAGCUUUGACUUGAUUCAUACUUCCAUCCACUGUCUCCGUCUUUCUGUCGCUCUGUGUCUGACUGACUAAUGCUCCAGUGGAUCAAGACUUAAUUGGCUCUGAACAGACAGCCAGAACAAUAAACAAGCAGAAUAAACACAAAUACAGUCACGCUGGGAAGAGAGUGGGAGAGAAGAUGAGCUAAGAACAGUAAAGCCUGUGGACAUAAAAACUGGACAUAUUUUGUCUUGUAUUUUCAUGUUUUUAUUCAAAAUGUAGUUGGAAUAUUUCCUGAAGUAGGAUUCCAUCUCCAAAUUUCAUUUGGACAUUAUGAUAUUUACAUUGUACUUAUGUCAUGGAGCUUUUGACAAGCGGAUGUUUUUCCCCAGCAAUGCCAUACUUUGAUCAAAAGAGUGUCCUGACUUCACAUUAAAACAAGAGGAAUAUGCUACACUACCAGAAAAGAAAAAGAAACAUUUUGAAUUGAAUUGACAUUUAUUUUGCCAUGGCCCUCUCAAGGCUGGCUUCCAUGCCUAUUGCACAUUCUGAAAUUUAUAUUGCAAGCAAACAAUUUCAAAAUUAGUUAAAUUAACAAAUUCACAAUUCACUCUUCAAGCUUCAGACGUGCCUCCCACCAACCCCUCCCACCAUCAGCCAUCCAACCAACCAUGGGCAAGCCUCUUAGCCGUCCUGGGUGUUUCAGGAAGAGCUCCUGCUGCCUGGAGAAACAUGGAGCUGGGGAUGGGGGAGUGGGAGGGCGAGCUAGGGCUGUGGAAGGGGGAUACGGAGACGGCUACGUACCCCAGCGGUCCAUCUACGAUACCAUGUGUAUCAAUCAACAAAUUGACAGCCAUCACCAUCACCCUGGAGGGUCCAUAAGGCGAGACUGUGGAGGUGAGGGGAGUUUUAGCUACUCAGCAAGUGGCUCCCUGAGGGUUAGCAGGUCUCCAGCUGACAUGUUUGAUCCGCAGCCACGCUCUUUAACUCCCAACCCCUCGUUUGUGCGGCGUCUGGACGAAAGAGCCAUCUAUGAUUCAUUGAAGCUUGGGGGUCAGGAUGCUGAUGGCAGUGGCUGCCAUUCGCCAGGACGUUUCACCCGAUCAGUUUCUCCCUCUGUGUCCUCGUUCUCAGCACCGGGAGUGUCUUCCUCGUCAUCCAAGAAGCACCACCAUCACCACCACUAUCACCAUGGAGACAGCACAAAGAGCAGAGAUGGCCGACAUUCCUGGAAGGUCUUGACACCUCCAAAACACCUGGAGUGUCUGGAGCUUACUACAACUGAAAUGAUGGACAGAGGAGGGGGAUAUCUGAACCCAGGGCACUAUCCCCCCCCUGGGGGCCAGUCUUCCUCUCUUACCUCCCCCCUCAUUUCCCCCUUUUCCGGUUCACCUCUCUCUUCAGGUUACCAUACUCCGGUCUUUUUCUCCCCUGCCAAACCUCGACCAAGUCAGACUCAGAGUUUGCGCUGUUCCCCUCCCCAGGUCCACCAGCCAAGGCAUUACUCCCAAAGCCAGAGCCUCAGGCUGUCACCACCCCAUGAGCUUCGACGAUCCCCUUACCGUGCCCCACUAGUCCAACUGUCUGCUCACGACCUCGAGCAGGACCUAAGAGACCGAGGAGGAGGAUGGGGCCGGAAUGAACGAGAAAGAGAGUGGGAGAGGGAGAGAGAAAGGGAGAUGGAGAGAGGGUGGGCCCAGCGAGAGUGGGAAAGAGAGAGGGAGAGGGGGAGGCUGGAGAGGGAGAGAGCGAGGGAGAGGGAGAGGAGGGAAACAUCAACUUUUGGGACCUUUGGCUAUGGUCGACCAGUACCUCUGCGUUCAGACAGAGACUCUGUGUUUUUAGAGCCCGAACAGGUCCUAGACACAACACCCCUGUUGCUCCCACAGCCCUCACCUUCACCCUCCCCCAGUGUUGCCCCCAGAAUGGGCACCGGUGCUGUGGGUAGGAAUAGAGCUGGGUCAAAAGUUGGCACUGAAAAUGUAGGUGGGGGUAUGGUUUCCAAGUUUGACAAUGGGAGUGUGGGUUUGGUGUUAGUUGAAAGCAAAUCUGGGUGUGGGCCAAGGUUAAUAAGUCAAGAUGGAACUGAAAACAUGUCACAGGUUGAAAUCAGGUCUGGAAUACAAGAACACCAUACAGCUGAAAGUUGGAACAAAUAUGACAAUGGAUCCAGGGCUAGCAUUAAAAAUGGGUCUGAAAAAAGAAUGGGCUCUCAGGUGAAAACAAGACCAGGGGGGUGGGAUUUGGAAGGAAAAGUGCAAUCUGGGGUGGAAAUAGAAAAUAUGGUUCCAGCUGUAAACAAGGAGGGACACAAGGAGGGACACAAGGAGGGACACAAGGAGGGACGCAAGGGAGGUACAAGGAGUGGGGAAAAAACUGGAAGGGGUGUGGCAAAACCAGAACCUAUUGCUGAGUUUAUACCUUCAACUGUGACUGACACUGAGAACAGGGUUGGGCCUGGAGAUACAGUUGAGAUUGGAGCUAGAUCUGGUCCGGGGACAAAUCCAGAGACUGAGGCAGAGGCUAGUUCAAGGCAGGUGGAUAAUAGGACUGGAAUAGAAGAUGGAGGUGUAGCUAAAGUUAAUAAUGAAGUUGGUUCAGCAGCAGAGUCCAGAGUAGGAGCUAAAGUUGAGUCAAAUGUUAAGAUUGCUCCUAUAUCUGAGCCUGAGGCAGUACUAGAAGCUGGGGUUAGUAAUGAGACAGGGACUAAAAGUAACUCCAAGACUGAGGUUGUCAGUGAAACCCAGAAUGUCAACAAUAUUACAGAUAAAGCUCCGAUAAGUGUUGGGGCUGAGGAUAAAGCUGAUACUGUCACUGCAGAUCAGGCUGAGACAAAGCCUCUGGAUAUAGAUAAAAUUAAAUCUAGCCAUGUAGCGAAAGGUUCCCGAUCCCAGAAGUCCAAAUCAUCUAAGUCCAGCUCCAGGACUCGACCUGGCACGGCCACAGGGCUCCGACCGGGUGUGGUCAGCCCACGACUAAGCAGAGGGCUUGGAGACCUUGAGUCAACGGGGCCCACUGAGGGCAUCGAGUCCACUUGGCCUCGCCGAAUCAUUGUCAGAAAGAGGACUGUACGGCAGGGUGGAGCACUCCACAACCUUCCUAUUCUCCCCCCACUCCCCUCUGUGCUCUCAGCAUUGGAGAAGAGGCGCCCGCAUUCCCAACUCCACCCUCGUCCAGGCCACUUGUCAGAAAACCCGUUAACAAACUCAAUGAACAUUACAAGUAUUGUGGGACGAUGCUCACUUAAAGAGCCCUCUCAUCCAGAACCUGGACAGGGGGUGAGUUUGGUGGGUAGGGCUUCCCUGAAGGAGCAGAAUUUGGAGCACUGGAGGGUCUGCAGAGAGCAGGAAGAACCCAGGACAUCCAGGAGCAAGGAGAAACAAGGAGAAGAGAGUAAAGAGAAGACUGAGAGGGAGGAGAGGAGGGGGAAAGAAGAGAAGAGAGACAAGGAGAGGAGAAAAGAGAAAGACAAAAUUGAGGAGAAAGUGGGUAAGGAGAAAGAAAGGGUUACUGUCAGUGAGGGACUGGUGGAGGAAACCAAACGAGAAAAGUCUGAGAGAAGGAUUGAAAGGAAAGUGCAAAAGGAUGGAAACAAAAAGGAACUUGUGGAAAAGGAAAAGGACGUAGAAAUUAUGUGUGAAAAGGUGGAGGAUAGAGGGAUAAAGAUUAAGGAUGGAAUACAAGAGUGGCAUGGACAAGAAUUGGAGGAGGUGGUGGCUAAAUUAAAGAAAGAAGAAGGUGAGGUGGAAGGAGGAGAGGGAGGAACCCUUGGAGAGGAAGGGAGGGUGGAGAGUUGGGAUGCUGUCCUUGAGAUGGUCACCACAUUGUGGGAUGAUGGCUGGGAGAAAGGGGGAACAGAAGGAGGAGGUGAUACAGAUUCUUUCUCGGGCUCCCUGCAACGUUGGCCUCUUCUUCGCCCCCCGAUUGGCUUUGGGGGCUCCCACCCCCCCUCCUCAGCAGCUUCAGAGCUCAGCCUAACAGAGUUAGAAAGGAGAGCCAGGGAGCUGGACUCUGACCUAGAGCACCUAGACCUGUCUCAGCCCCAUAGGGACACCCAGGAUUUGUACCAAACACUGCUGGAGUCACAGAGGGAACGAGCUGACAUGUACCAAACACACCCUGGGCCGCAGAGAGAGAAAGCUGCCCUCUUGACUGGUGUGGGAAGCAGAUCCCAGGUCAGUUUGGAGCUCAGUGCUCUGGCCUCACCAGCUAUGGACACAGACAGACAGUCUGUUGACUGGUCAACCAAAUCUGCUGGGACUUCCACUGUUGGCACAAGCUCCACUAAGGAGGACAGCUCUCCAGACUCCAACGUUACACUGGAGUCCGACUCCAGUGGCGUCUUCCUCUCCUUAUCCAAUCAGAGCCAGGAGGAGGCUGGCUCUGACAGCGACCAGCCAAUCAGUGGCUCCGACCUAGGCAGCAGCAGCACAUCACUGGAGAAAGACGGGGAUGAUGCAGGGUUAAAGGAAUGGGGGAGGGAAGAGAGUACAGAGCUUCAGUGGUGCUACCCAUCACUCCUCAACACUUCCUUGCAUGAAGACAUAGAAGGAGAUGGUGAAAGAGAGGAAGCAUGGCAUGGAAAGAUGGGGGGAGACGAAGAGAGAGGAAUAGAUGAGAAUGGAAGAAGAGCUGAUAAGAUAGGAACGGUUUCAGUUAUUGAGACCUCACUUCACCAUACAGAUGAGGGAUCCACAACUAUAAAUGCCCCACAAAGUGAAGAAAUACCACACAGGAAAAAAGUGACCCUCAUGGGAAGUCCUCCCCUUCCUCUGUCUCCCUCAAAACAACAGAUCAAACACCUUCUAGAUCCUAAUCAGAAGCCAAUCAGAAGCUCAGGACUGGACUGUGGUGACUUAGAUCCCUUUGUCCAAUCGGACAGCUUUGUUUACCUUGCUGUGUCUGCAAGACCUGCCUCCAGGGGUGAAGUCGCCACAUUGACAGAAGUUCCCACCCAUGAUACUAAACAAGACAGUGUACGGCAACAUUCAGACAGCAUGAAAACACACUUGGACCAGUCGAAUACAGAACGGGAUGCCAAGCUGACUCACCUUGUCCCACAAAAACUAGAGGAAGGAGACUUUCUGUGCACUGACAGCUUUGUCUAUCUGGCUGCUCCAGCCUGCCUCCUACUGGGCCCCGCAGGAACCACACCCUACAGCGGCAGGGAGUCAGACUCGGAGAGUUCAGGAUCUGGCCCUGUUGAUCUAUCAGUACUGGGUUGUGGCUCAGUGGCAGGGGACAGUGACUGGGACUCAGACCUGUCCGAUUCCGAUCCCAGUCGCUCCUCCAGAAUCUCAGCUGCUGGUAACAAAUCUGCACGGCCCAAGCGGCUGCCUGCUGAACCAGGCUGGGACUUGUUCGGAGAAACCACUGAACCUGAAGUGCUGAGUGAGCUCUUCACAGAACAGGACAGAAACAUCAAUGGCAAAGCAAGGAAGGUGACCGGGGUUUCCACCAGCAUGGCAGGGACACAAGCCAUUCCCACAUCAACUCAGCCUGUCACUACGCCAAUGAAGGCAGCGGCACCAGUAGAGCAGUCGUCAACAACAAAGAAGGUGACAUGGCAGUUUAAACCUGCCCAGAGGUCAGUCUGCACAGGAAGCAGAAAGGAGAAAGAAAAAGAAGCAACAUCAUCGUCUUUGGUAAGGUUCACCGAACUGGGAGGAGGCGAGAACCAUAGACCCUCCCCUUCAUCUUCAUCAUCUUCAUCAUCGUCACCGUCAUCUUCCUCUUCUGGUUGAUUUGUGAAGGAAAUAAUUUUUGUUUGACCAUUUAGAAGGAGCUUUCAUUGCUUGAAAAUGAAUUGGUUGCAAAAUGGUAGAAAACAUGUAUAACUUAUAAACUGAUGGCUAUAGCUUUUUUGCCUGUAAAUUCUGACUUUUGCAUCAGCUGCUGCCAUUGCCUUCUUAUGACCUUAUACAGUAAAGGCUGCCAAAAAAACCUGUUAAUUGUUGCAUUUUCAGAGAUUAGCCUACACAAUAUUGUAUAUAAUCAAUUUAAGUUUGAGACAUUGUGAGACUCAGGCUAAACAGAAACCUUCAGGUUGAGAUUUAAUGGAAAUGUGGCCGCUGAUAGAAAGAUAUGCACAGUGUCACGCCAAAUGGAUAUUAUAAACAGUCAAAUUUUUAAACACAGGGUUGAUUUAAUAGUUACACAGUCAUAUUAGUCUCUAUCUAAAUAAUACAUUUUAAUAGUUCCGUGGGUUUUUUAUUUAUUUACUGUACAGGUAAUACACAGCUAAGGAAAAUAAACCAGAACAGAAAUCACAUAUCAGGCAUUUUCAGUCAUUUGGCUUGGUCACCUGUAUUUAAACAUUAUUAUUCCAGUGUUGGAAAUCAGCUACAGUGACACAUAAAAAUGAUUACAGUUGAAGAAAAAUAUUUGUGUGGAACAUUGUUUUAUUGGUUUAUAAAUAUCUAAUGAUGUUAAUGUGUCUCAGGCCUUAUUACAUUUCCUUCCCCAUUUAAUGCCUCACUUAAACACCUGCUUACUACUUCAUAUCUGAACUUUAGUGAACAAUGUAUUUUAUAAUCACAUCCAACUUUACAGUGUAUUUAACAGUGUGUCAAUAAUAUAUUUUGAACAUUGAGAUUAUUACAGAGUGAAAUAUAUAUACUGUAUAUGUGAUGAAUGUGAAGAAAUGAACAAAUAAUGGAAGGGAUUAGUAAUAAAAUUUAAUUUAAAUGUUUUAUUUAUCAAUUAGAUUUCAAAUUGUGAAUGUAAUUGAGCAAUAUGCUUACAGAUUCAUACUAUAUUCUAUGUUACAUAUGUGGAAAAGUGUUGCCUGAGUGAUGUGUAUAAUAAUGGCUGAGUUUAAUUUUAUUUAUACAGCCAAAUACUAAUUGUAAAUGCAGUCUUACACUAAUUUAGAGGUUCUAUUUGUAACAUUUCUAAACACUAAUUUAUCAGGUAGCUUGGUAUAAUUGACUUAAACAUUAAGACCAUGGUUGAGAUGAUUGUUAGCCUUUGUCCCACACCAGUGGUAUUUUUAGUGCUAGUCAUGAGACUUCAUUUCCCAUAAUCCCCCCUCUGUCUCUCCCUUCCGGCGAGGCAUCUUUGGCUUUACUGAAGUGGAUAAACACGUUGAAGAUGAUAUUUUCCCACUUGCCUCUCACUACUCUCCACCAUUUGUCACUGUUUGCGCUGAAAGUAAAGCAAUCCAAAAGAUUUCGCUCUAAAUCCAAAUCAGUGGCACACAAUGUCAAAUGCAGUUAGGAGGGUGGUAGAGCUGCCAAUCAUCUCAGGAGUGGUCUUGUUGUUGAUUAAUUAUACUAAUGUCUCAAAAUGAAUGUGGUAAGAAUUUACUGAUGUUAAAAAUGAUACAUGUAGCACCUUUAAAAUAUAUAGAUCAGAUUUGUUAUUCUAAUACAAACGUGACAAAGGUAAAGUGGCAGGUCAACAAACGAUCAGUUACACAAUAAUAAUUCUUGUUACAAUAUGUGGUUAUGAAACACUGUGUGGGAAGUCAUGGCAUGAUUUGCAUUUGAAUUUCAAAUUGGGCAGUCAGAGGUAACUGUUUGAAUUUUGACAACUUACAAGUCAACUAAAUGUGACUUAGUCUUGAGAGUGAAGGUGAUGGCACUAGAAUUUAGUGAAUCUAUUGUGGGGAUGCUGUAGCCAUAUUUUUUGAUUGAGAUGGAUGGGGUAAGGUUUGUUUUCUUUUUUAGGCAAAAUGAAAACUGUUACCUUGUGCAGCUUCAACUGCUAUUGUGAACAUUAAAAAUGCUCUGCCAGUCCUUAUUCUUGAUGAUGAUGCUCUGUGUAAACCUACAGGGUUUGGGAGAGCCUUAAUGCACCUGUCAUGUUCAGCGGUGGAUUUAUUUCUGGUGCUUUUGAGCACACAUUUACAAGCAUAACCACAGAUGCAUUAAAGAAAAUGGUAUUUUUCAACAUGGA